CCUAGGAGAAAUCCUUCUUAUUGUGCCCCUCCCCCCUCCUCCGACUCCGACAACACAAUUCUUCUCGCUCACUCCUCCUCCUCCUCCUCUCCUUCUUCAUCAAUCCCCUGCCACACUUCAUUCUCCCUCAUCAACCCAUUUUAUUCUUCUUUCAAUUGUUCUUUCUAGUACCCCGCCACCUCACAUCACCUCACCAUGGUUCAGUCCUCCGUGCUCGGGUUCCCCCGCAUGGGAGCCAACCGUGAGUUGAAAAAGGCAAAUGAGGCCUACUGGGCCGACAAGCUGUCCCGGGACGAGCUCCUCAAGGAGGGCAAGCGUCUGCGUCUGGAGCACUGGAAGCUGCAGAAGGAUGCCGGCGUCGAUGUCAUCCCCAGCAACGACUUCGCCUUCUACGACCACAUCCUCGACCACAUCCAGCUCUUCAACGCCAUCCCUGAGCGGUACACCAAGCACAACCUCAACAAGCUCGAUGAGUACUUCGCCAUGGGCCGUGGCCACCAGAGGGACGGCGUCGACGUUCCCAGCUUGGAAAUGGUCAAGUGGUUCGACUCAAACUACCACUACGUGAAGCCCACCUUCCAGAACGGCCAGACCUUCAAGCUUGCCUCUGAACCCAAGCCCGUUGUCGAGUUCCUCGAGGCCAAGGAGGCCGGCAUCGUCACCCGCCCCGUCCUCAUCGGUCCCGUCUCCUUCCUCGCCCUUGGCAAGGCCGACCGCGGCCAGUCCGUGGACCCCAUCUCGCUCCUGGACAAGUUGAUCCCCGUCUACGUCGAGCUGCUCGAGAAGCUGAAGGCGGCUGGCGCCGAGACCGUCCAGAUUGAUGAGCCCGUCCUCGUCCUGGAUCUUGCCGACAAGAUCAAGCAGGCCUUCAAGCCCGCCUACGAGAAGCUCGUCGGCGCCAACCUCCCCAAGAUCGUGCUUGCCACCUACUUCGGCGACAUUGUGCACAACUUCGACGUCUUCCCCGCCAUCCAGAACCUCCAUGGACUCCACAUCGACCUCGUCAGGCACCCCGAACAGCUCGAAGCCGUCAUUGGCAAGCUCGGCCCCAACCAGGUCCUCUCGGCUGGUGUCGUCGAUGGCCGCAACAUCUGGAAGACCAACUUCAAGCGUGCCAUUGAGAUUGUAGAGACCGCCAUCCAGAAGCUCGGCAAGGACCGCGUCAUCGUUGCCACCUCCAGCUCCCUUCUCCACACCCCUCACUCGCUCGAGAGCGAGAAGAAGCUGCCCGAGGAGGUCAAGGAUUGGUUCUCCUUCGCCACCCAGAAGACCGCUGAGGUCGUCGUCAUUGCCAAGGCCGUGACGGAUGGUCCUGCCUCCGUCCGCGAGGCUCUCGAGGCCAACGCCAAAUCCAUCCAGGCUCGUGCUUCGUCCGAGCGCACCAACAACAAGGCCGUCAAGGAGCGCCAGGCCAAGGUCACGGCUGCCGACCACGAGCGCAAGUCUCCCUUCCCCGAGCGUUAUGCCCAGCAGAAGACCCACCUCAGCCUGCCCCUCUUCCCCACCACCACCAUUGGCUCGUUCCCCCAGACCAAGGACAUCCGUAUCCAGCGCAACAAGUUCACCAAGGGUGAGAUCACCGCUGAGGAGUACGAGAAGUUCAUUGAGAAGGAGAUUGAGGAGGUCGUCAAGAUCCAGGAGGAGCUUGACCUCGACGUGUUUGUGCACGGUGAGCCUGAGCGCAACGACAUGGUGCAGUACUUCGGCGAGAGGCUGGACGGCUAUGUCUUCACCACCCACGGCUGGGUCCAGUCCUACGGCUCCCGCUGCGUGCGUCCCCCGAUCAUUGUUGGUGACAUCUCCCGUCCCGCCCCCAUGACCGUCAAGGAGUCCCAGUACGCCGCCUCCAUCUCCAAGAAGCCCAUGAAGGGUAUGCUCACGGGUCCGAUCACCUGCCUGAGGUGGUCUUUCCCCCGUGACGACGUCCACCAGUCUGUCCAGGCCCAGCAGCUCGCUCUCGCCAUCCGCGACGAGGUGCUCGAUCUCGAGGCCGCCGGUGUCUACGUCAUCCAGGUUGAUGAGCCUGCUCUCCGUGAGGGUCUCCCGCUCCGCGCUGGCACUGAGCGUGAGAAGUACCUCUCUUGGGCCGUCGACUCCUUCAAGCUCUCGGUUGCUGGUGUCCAGGACUCGACCCAGAUCCACUCCCACUUCUGCUACUCCGAGUUCCAGGACUUCUUCCACGCCAUUGCCGCUCUCGAUGCCGAUGUGCUCUCCAUCGAGAACAGCAAGAGCGACGCCAAGCUCCUCAAGGUCUUCGAGGACAAGGCCUAUCCCCGCCACAUUGGCCCCGGCGUCUACGACAUCCACUCGCCUCGUGUCCCCUCCGAGGAGGAGAUCAAGGAGCGCAUCGCUGAGAUGCUCGUCUACCUCAGGCCUGAGCAGCUCUGGGUCAACCCCGACUGCGGCUUGAAGACGCGCCAGUGGAAGGAGACCAAGGCUGCGCUGACCAACAUGGUCAACGCCGCCAAGUUCUACCGCCAGAAGUACUCUUCGUAGACGAAGGCACUUCGGCAGCCUAUUUAGGCACUUCUAGGCCUACGCUUUGAUCAGCGUGGCCUUUCCAAAGCAGCAUAUCAACAGCUGCGCUGUAAUGUGUGUAAUGUGUUCAUGAUACCAACAAAAGUUCAACCUGCAUUCAUGGUCAUACGGUGGGUGGGUAGGUGGGUGGGUGGGGUUUAUGAGCGAUCUCAACAUCGGCGUUCAUAAGCAUAUUUGUGGGAUUGUUAAUCAGGCGUUGUGCUCCUUUGCGAGCGUGGCUGAAGGCGUUUUGCAAAAAGUCUGGAUUUUCAGAGACUUUCAACGAAGUUCUUACUCGCAAGCAUACCGUUAGAAUUAGAUAUCCGAGAGGCUGAUGAGAAGUGGACUUGUCCGCUCUGAGGACGAGGGAGGU